AUGGAUGAAGGUGUAAUGUUCUUCAUAAAAAAUCCAAAAGAAUAUAAAAUUUCAGUAUCACACAGAGGAAAUAAAUCCUCUACAAAAAAAGAUUUAUUCCCGGCAAAGCAGAAAUCUCACUUGUUACUCAUCUUGACAACAAACCAUAAACCUCCUGCAACUUCCACAAUCGCUAAUUGGAUUAAAGAAAUUAUUAUGGAAGCAUCCCCAAAUCUAAGAGCAAAAGAUGCAAGAGCACUCGCAGCUUUUUACACACAAAUUUCGGGCACAGACUUGUCCACUAUUCUAACUGGUCCAGCUACGGAACUUACUAACAAUUUUACCAAAAAGGAGUUACGCUGA